ACAUAUCCCAGGGUUCAUAAAGUCAUGUUUAUUGCCUUGCACGUUGCAGUCUCCGCUCUGCUGGUCGCUCUUGUGUACUGGCACAUCUCAGCUUACAACACCAGAAACCGGUACACCCACAUUCCUUCUUUCCCCAUUCCAAUCUCUUGGAAAUGGAUUGGUGGACAUCUACCCCUGAUCGCUAAAAGACGGAGACAGUUAGGAGGUCAUCGGAUAAAGAAUUUUGCUAUGAUACUGGAUUGGAUUAGAAAAGAUUUAGAUGUGAACACUAUGGUCCUCUUCGUAGCAAACAGACAGAUGAUGUACACUAUUCACGUUCCUAUAUCUGCUAAAGUGCUGAGCGACCACAGAACGUUUAUGAAACCUGGGGCGAGAGAAUCUAAGAUAGCUUAUGUGAAUGGGGAGAGGGUCUUUGGAGACCAUGGGAUAAUAAUGGAACCGGGAACUGAGGUUUGGUAUCACAAACGGAAAAUGAUGGACCCUGCUUUUCAGAAAAAAUAUCUGAAAUGCCUUAUGGAAGACAUGAAAACGAUUACAAAUAAAAUGUGUCAUGUUUUGGAACAGAAAACCGACCAGAAAAUUAUCGAUAUUUAUAGCUUGCUGAACAAAGUUGCCUUAGAAAUUAUUUGUACCUGUGGGUUCAGUCUCAGAGACGACUUUGUCAUGCUUGAAGAAUCUGAACUGAACAAAGCCGUGACCGAUAUGUUGGAAAUAAUCCCACUUUCGUUGAGGGAAUCGCUUACAUUUUGGAUGCCAUGGAAAUUCAACCAGGAAAAGAAGAGACUAAAGGAGGCUAACAGUUUGCUGAGAGGAACAGUAAGAAAGAUCUUGGAAGCACGCAUUGAGACGCACUCAGAAAAUCCAGACGCUAGCCCAAAUGAUAUUCUGGGUCAUAUCAUCAGAGCAAACAUGUUUUCGGGCAACAUAUCGAUAGAGGAUCUACUGGAUGACUUCGUAGUGUUCUUAGCGGCUGGAAUGGAGACGACUGCUAUCACCAUGUCAUGCUUAAUUUGGCACAUACUUAAACAACCUGAGAUAUCCCAGAAGAUCGUUGCGGAGAUUAACGAAGUCUAUGGAGGAAAGGAAGAGCUUGAAUUCGAGGACUUAAAUAAGCUAAUCUACUUGGAACAGUGCCUUAAGGAGUGUUUGAGACUUCACCCACCUAUUCAACUAUCGUUCCGGAGAAGUCCUAAUCGCGAUGUUAUUGUUGACCAUCUUCUUAUACCAAGAGAAACAACAAUUGUGAUGUCGACGGAGGCUAUUCAGCAGCUUGAGACUCACUGGUCGAAUCCGGACAAGUUCGAUCCAGAGAGGUUCGCGCCUGGUAAGAAGAUACAACCAUUCACAUACUCUCCUUUUAGUGCCGGCCCUAGACAGUGUAUCGGCAAACAUUUCGCCAUUAUGGAAGCAAAGGUUGUGUUGGCUGCCUUGUUUCAAAAGUUCCAGCUUUACGAUCCGUACCCGGAGGAGACUAAGCUAGAGAAGGUUACUAAUAUGACCUGUAAACCUAAAGACGGAGUUUUCAUCGGAAUUCAACAGUGAUGUAAUGUUUAUUUUUGAUCGACCCUCUUUUGGUUGGCCAUGUUUGGCACAAAAGCAAGUGAUGCUAACGUGAUCCUUUUUGAAUUAAUAAGUUUUGAUUUUAUAAGAUUUGAUUUAACAAGAUUUGAAUUAAUAAGUUUCGAAUUAAUUGCUUGUGAUCUCUGAAAGAGGAAAGGUCCACAGAAAUUAUUGUUUGGCCAUUUUUGUUUGGCCAUUUUUGCUUGGCCAGAUUUGUAAUUUGGCACAAAAGCAAGUAAUACUAACUUGAUCCUUUUUGAUUUUUAAUAAGUUUGAUUUCAUAAGUUUUAAUUUAUAAUAAGUAUUGAUUUAAUAAGAUUGCUAAGAAAGACACAAGGUCCACAGAACUGCAUGAAUUGAUAUCUCUUUAUUAAAUGAAAUAUUUAUUAUAUCUUCUUAUUGUAAAUAAAUUUGAAAACGUUGACCUUAA